AUGGAGAUAAACGACAUUUAUGCAGACUUCCUCGUCAACGCUACGAGCGAAGACCCCCCGGAGGACCACCGCCAUGAUGUUUUGGGUGAAGGCACCUUCCGUUUCGUGAAGAUAAUGACUAUAAUAUGCUACAGCAUAACGUUCGUCAUGGGGAUUAUUGGUAAUGGCCUGGUCAUCUGGAUCGCUGGGUUCAAGAUGAAGAGGAUGGUGACCACAAUAUGGUUCCUGAACCUUGGAGUGACCGACUUCGUCUUCGAUAUGUUCUUUCCGCUCCAGAUAACCGAGUGGGCCAUGGACGGACACUGGCCCUUUGGUCAGAUAAUGUGCAAGGUCAUAUUUACUGUUCUUUACCUAAACAUCUUCGUCAGCAUCUCGUUUUUGCUCAUCAUCAGUAUUGACCGUUGCACCUCUGUAAUGUGUCCCGUUUGGUCCAAAAAUCACCGCACGCCCAGAUUAGCGCGGAACGUCUCCAUAGUAACCUGGAUUUUGUGUUUUUCCCUGAGCUGUCCAUACCUUUCUUUCUACGAUGUUCACCCCGAUCCCUUUCAAAGCGUUAACCGCUGCUUGCCGGUGUUUGCUGAUGAACAUACGAAUGGGUUGAACUAUAAGGCUAUGGUUAUCACUCAGUUCGUGGCCAUGUUCGUCAUUCCGUUCACCAUCAUCGUACUUUGCUAUUCGCUCAUCGUUGUUCGGUUGCGACAGAGCAGAAGCCUCUCUGGGUCGAAUCGACCUUUCCGAGUUAUCACCGCCAUUGUACUCGGCUUCUUCUGUUCUUGGUUUCCAUUCCAUUUUUGGCCUCUGGUAGAGUUGAUGGACGUUAAGGUGGACAUCGCUUACGACUUCAUAGUGUUCCACGUCUUCUGUUGCCUCGCUUUCUUCAACAGCUGCCUCAACCCAAUCCUUUACGUCUUCAUCGGACGCGACUUCAAGAAAAGCCUCAUAAGGUCAAUUCCUUUUAUUUUGGAAAACACCUUCAAGGAGAAGUGGGACAUUGAGGACAAGGAUCAACAUGACCGCAGCGUCACUGGAACUGAACUGGUUUCUUUUCAUCCAUGA